AUGCCAUCAGGCCCUGGCUUUGCAGCUAGAGGAAACCUACCGUUCCACAACUGCAAAACCGGCUUAGGUAACCCUACCGAUUGCCAUCAAACACUGCUAAUAUGGACUCUCACAUCCCUCCGUCUCCUUCCCCCAUGACACCCUCAACAUCCCCCGCUCUCCCUUUCCUCCACUGACACGCUCUCAACAUACCUGCCGCUUUUCCCGUUUCCACACUGACAACCGCCUCUCAACCCUCAUCCCUCCCCCCGCCCCUCCCUUCCUCCACUCACGACACACCGCCUCUCAACAUCCCUCCGCUCUCCCUUUCCUCCACUGACACCGCCACCGCCUCUCAACCUCCCUCCGUCUCUCUCCCUUUCCUCCACUGACACCGCCUCUCAACAUCCCUCCGCUCUCCCUUUCCUCCACUGACACCGCCUCUCAACAUCCCUCCGCUCUCCCUUUCCUCCACUGACACCGCCUCUCAACAUCCCCCCGCUCUCCCUUUCCUCCACUGACACCGCCUCUCAACAUCCCUCCGCUCUCCCUUUCCUCCACUGACACCGCCUCUCAACAUCCCUCCGCUCUCCCUUUCCUCCACUGCCUCUCAACAUCCCUCCGCUCUCCCUUUCCUCCACUGACACCGUCUCUCAACAUCCCUCCGCUCUCCCUUUCCUCCACUGACACCGCCUCUCAACAUCCCUCCGCUCUCCCUUUCCUCCACUGACAACCGCUCUCAAACAUCCCUCUCCUCUCCCUUUCCUCCACUGGACAGCCCCUCUCACAUCCCUCCUCUCUCCCUUUCCUCCACUGACACCGCCUCUCAACAUCCCUCCGCUCUCCCUUCCUCCUCCACUACCCGCCUCUCACAUCCCUCCGUCUCUCCCUUUCCUCCACUGACACCCGCUCUCAACAUCCCCCGCUCUCCCUUUCCUCCACUGACACGCCUCUCAACAUCCCCCGCUCUCCCUUUCCUCCACUGACACCGCCUCUCAACAUCCCUCCGCUCUCCCUUUCCUCCACUGACCCGACCACCGCCUCUCAAACAUCCUCGCUCUCCCUUUCCUCCACUGUCACGCUCUCAACAUCCCUACGCUCUCCCUUUCCUCCCGACACGCCUCUCAACAUCCCUCCGCUCUCCCUUUCCUCCGCUGUCACUGACCAUAAAGGGAAACCGUCUUCCAGCUGAUGGCAAAAAAUCGAGUCGCACCGUAUUAUUUCUGCAUCAUGUACAAAUUCAUGUUACUGCUAUUGAACAGAGAAAGGUGAAUAUUCCUUUAAUUAAAAACACCUAAGCCUCUACUAAUAAUUAAAACCACGUAAGCCUAUGAUCCACUUUCCUUCUCAUUCAUUACUGCUUGCAGUGCGUUUGUUGUAGCGCUGAGUGGAAAUAGGAAGAACCGUGUCAUUUUAAUGGCUUUAUAAAAGUCGUUUGAAAUACAAAAGUGUUGAACAGUGCCUGAGUAAGAACUUAAACAUGAACUCACUCAUAAAAACAGCAGCUCUUUGCUGUAUUCGUUGACAGUCUCUCUCUAGUCAUGGCUUUAAACGUUUUGAAAUCUCACAGUAUCAACUUUGCUGUAGCUUUCUUUUAUGCCUGUUACAUUACUGCGGACACGGUCAUCUGAGCCAUCUGAUUGGCCAGUGGUAGGCCUAUAGUGCACUUGAUUUGCUCUCUGGGUCUGCCGGGAAGGCAGAGGCUUUAUCUUUGGGUUUUUUACAGAAAUCUUUGGAGAUGGACUGGUUGGUGACCACUGCUCUAGAAAGUUGAGUGAAGUUCAAUCUCGUGCUUCUCUCUGUGGGCUGAUAUUUCUCGUGCUUCUCUCUGUGGGGUGAUAUUUCUCGUGCUUCUCUCUGUGGGCUGAUAUUUCUGGUGCUUCUCUCUGUGGGCUGAUGUUUCUCGUGCUUCUCUCUGUGGGCUGAUAUUUCUCGUGCUUCUCUCUGUGGGCUGAUAUUUCUGGUGCUUCUCUCUGUGGGCUGAUAUCUCUGGUGGCUGAUAUUUCUGGUGCUUCUCUCUGUGGGCUGAUAUUUCUCGUGCUUCUCUCUGUGGGCUGAUAUUUCUGGUGCUUCUCUCUGUGGGCUGAUAUUUCUGGUGCUUCUCUCUGUGGGCUGAUGUUUCUCGUGCUUCUCUCUGUGGGCUGAUAUUUCUCGUGCUUCUCUCUGUGGGCUGAUAUUUCUCGUGCUUCUCUCUGUGGGCUGAUAUUUCUGGUGCUUCUCUCUGUGGGCUGAUGUUUCUGGUGCUUCUCUCUGUGGGCUGAUGUUUCUUCCGUGCUUCUCUCUGUGGGCUGAUAUUUCUGGUGCUUCCUCUGUGGGCUGAUAUUUCUGGUGCUUCUCUCUGUGGGCUGAUAUUUCUGGUGCUUCUCUCUGUGGGCUGAUAUUUCUGGUGCUUCUCUCUGUGGGCUGAUAUUUCUGGUGCUUCUCUCUGUGGGCUGAUAUUUCUGGUGCUUCUCUCUGUGGGCUGAUAUUUCUGGUGCUUCUCUCUGUGGGCUGAUAUUUCUGGUGCUUCUCUCUGUGGGCUGAUGUUUCUGGUGCUUCUCUCUGUGGGCUGAUGUUUCUCGUGCUUCUCUCUGUGGGCUGAUAUUUCUGCGCGCAGCUCUGGCGGUAUAGGGACUGUGGACAUUUGCCUGACAAAUAACCAUUACCAAAAAUUCCAUGACCGUCACAGCCCUAGUAGGCAGCCAUCCAGAUAGCUAGCUAGUUUAUAAAAAAGACACUUGGACACUCAUUACAUGUUGUUUAGGUUACUAUGUUACUAUAUUAUGUUGUUGGGUUGGUUACCAUGCUAUGGGAAUAUCUCUCCUCUCCCUCUCUGCUUCUUCUCACCUCCUCCUCUCCCGGUCUUCUCUCCUCCUCCUCUCCUGUCUUCUCUCCUCCUCCUCUCCCUGUUCUUCUCUCCUCCUCCUCUCCCUGUCUUCUUCUCUCCUCCUCCUCUCCCUGUCUUCUCUUCCUCCUCCUGUCUCUUCCUCCUCCUCCUCUCCCUCCCUGUCUUCUUCUCUCCUCCUCCUCUCCCUGUCUUCUUCUCUCCUCCUCCUCUCCCUGUCUUCUUCUCUCCUCCUCCUCUCCCUGUCUUCUCUCCUCCUCCUCUCCCUGUCUUCUCUCCUCCUCCUCCUCUCCCUGUCUUCUUCUCUCCUCUCCCUCUCUGCUUCUUCUCUCCUCCUCCUCUCCCUGUCUUCUUCUCUCCUCCUCCUCUCCCCCUGUCUUCUCUCCUCCUCCUCCUCUCCCUGUCUUCUCUCCUCCUCCUCCUCUCCCUGUCUUCUCUCUCUCCUCCUCCUCUCCCUGUCUUCUCUCCUCCUCCUCCUCUCCCUGUCUUCUCUCCUCCUCCUCUCCCUGUCGUCUUCUCUCCUCCUCCUCUCCCUGUCGUCUUCUCUCCUUCCUCUUCCUCCCUCCCUGUCUUCUUCUCUCCUCCUCCUCUCCCUUUUCUUCUUCUCUCCUCCUCCUCCUCUCCCUGUCUUCUUCUCUCCUCCUCCUCUCCCUUUCUUCUUCUCUCCUCCUCCUCCUCUCCCUGGCUUCUUCUCUCCUCCUCUCCCUCUCCCUGUCUUCUCUCCUCCUCCUCUCCCUGUCUUCUCUAGUGAUGAAGACCUCCCAGUCAGCGGAGACGGAAGGCGAUGAGGCCACUUCCUGGGUGUCUGUGUGCCCCAGGGGCUUGUGGGAGCUUCGUCAGAGGAGGAAACGAGGGGCGGAGCCAGCUGACCUGUCUGGAGACGUCUACCCUGGAAUUGGCUCUCUGUGUCGGGUCAGAGUUCAACGCCAAGGAGAACCUACAACUGACCCGGAGCUGUCACUCAAACCUGACCUGCCAAUCACAGUCCUUUCAGAUGCCCAGGUCACGCCCCUACAGCGCUCCCAGAGUACCAUGCUGCAGGUCCCGAUUGGUGAUUGGAUCAUUCUGAGGCUGGGGGAGGGGCAGUGUGACAUCACAGAGGGGUGUGUUGAGGGAAUGAGAGCUGGAGAGAGGUGUGAGGUAGGAGAGGCUCACACACCAAUAACACCACAUUGAAUCAGCAUGUACCUGCUGUUACCCAUUCACCCUUCAUAAAACUGGUCUUGACCUUUCGCCCUUCAUAAAGCUGGUCUUGACCUUUCGCCUUUGACCCUCUUGUCCCCAGGUACUGCUGACCCCACUAACAGACCGACCCGGGGGAGGACAGGAGGAGCAGAAGAGAGUGGAUCCUGACCAGUCCCUGUGUAUAACAGUAGAGCUCCAGUCCUUCUCUCCUGGCCAUGAGUCCUGGCAGCUAUCAGCUGGAGAGAAGUGGGGCUGGGUGAUGUCACACAAGCAGAGGGGGGGGGACAGGUUCAGGGCGGGGGACAUGUGGGGGGCGGCAGACAGCUACAGCCGAGCCCUCAAACUCCUCAUCACCCUAAAACUACACACCCGGGGAGAGGGGGAGGAGAUGACUCCAAUAGAGGAGGAGUCGGAGGAGGAGUCGGAGAAGAAGGAUAGCCUUGAAGCCCCUACAGAUUGUCAAUAUCGUUCCACCAAGGCCUCUCUCUACUCAAACCUGUCCCUGUGUCAGCUGAGACUAGGCCAGUGGUCCCGGGCCAGGGGGUGUGCCUCCAGGUAAGGCUGAGACUAGGCCAGUGGUCCCGGGCCAGGGGGUGUGCCUCCAGGUAAGGCUGAGACUAGGCCAGUGGUCCCCGGGCCAGGGGGUGUGCCUCCAGGUAAGGCUGAGACUAGGCCAGGGUCCCGGGCCAGGGGGUUGUUGCCUCCAGGUAAGGCUGAGACUAUGAUGGCCAGUGGUCCCCGGGCCAGGGGGGUGUGCCUCCAGGUAAGGCUGAGACUAGGCCAGUGGUCCCGGGCCAGGGGGUGUGCCUCCAGGUAAGGCUGAGACUAGGCCAGUGGUCCCGGGCCAGGGGGUGUGCCUCCAGGUAAGGCUGAGACUAGGCCAGUGGUCCCGGGCCAGGGGGUGUGCCUCCAGGUACGGCUUAGACUAGGCCAGUGGUCCCGGGCCAGUGGGGGUGCUCCAGGUAAGGCUGAGACUAGGCCAGUGGCAGGGUGGGUGUGGCCUCCGGUAAGGCUGAGACUAUGCCAGUGGUCCCGGGCCAGGGGGUGUGCCUCCAGGUAAGGCUGGGACUAGGCCAGUGGUCCCGGGCCAGGGGGUGUGCCUCCAGGUAAGGCUGGACUACGGCCAGUGGUCCGGGCCAGGGGUGUGCCUCCAGGUAAGGCUGAGACUUAGGCCAGUGGUCCCGGGCCAGGGGGUGUGCCUCCAGGUAAGGCUGAGACUAGGCCAGUGGUCCGGCCAGGGGGUGUGCCUCCAGGUAAGGCUGGGACUAGGCCAUUGUCCUGGGCCAGGGGUGGUCCUCAUGUAAGGCUGGGACUAGGCAGUGGGCCCGGGCAAGGGGGUGUGCCUCAGGUAAGGCUGAGACUAGGCCAGUGGUCCCGGGCCAGGGUGUGUGCCUCCAGGUAAGGCUGAGAAUAGGCCAGUGGUCCGGCCAGGGGGUGUGCCUCCAGGUAAGGCUUGACUACGGCCAGUGUCCAGGCCAGGGGUGUGCCUCCAGGUAAGGCUGAGACUAGGCCAGUGGUCCCGGGCCAGGGGGUGUGCCUCCAGGUAAGGCUGAGACUAGGCCAGUGGUCCCGGGCCAGGGGGUGUGCCUCCAGGUAAGGCUGAGACUAGGCCAGUGGUCCCGGGCCAGGGGGUGUGCCUCCAGGUAAGGCUGAGACUAGGCCAGUGGUCCCGGGCCAGGGGGUGUGCCUCCAGGUAAGGCUGGGAAUUGCCAGGGACCUCACCAGUGCUUAAUUUGUAGGAGGUCCUGGAACACAUAGUGAGCGUGUGUCAUUUUGAGUGUUCACUAUAACCUGGGUCUCCUCUUUAGCCUUGGUUUGACCGUGUUCAAAAACCAUCUUUCUGAGGGCUUUUUAUUUUUUACGUCUGAGACAGGAUGUUAACUGUACACUACCAGUCAAACAUUUUAGAACACCUUCUCAUUCAAGGGUUUUUGUUUAUUUUUUAUAUAUUUUCUACAUUGUAGAAUAAUAGUGAAGACAUCAAAACUAUGAAAUAACACAUAUGGAACCAUGUAGUAACCAAAAAAGUGUUAAACAAAUCAAAAUAUAUUUAAUAUUUGAGAUUCUUCAAGUAGCCACCCUUUGCCUUGAUGACAGCUUUGCACACUGUUGGCAUUCUCUCAACCAGCAUCACCUGGAAUGCUUUUCUAACAGUCUUGAAGGAGUUCCCACAUAUGCUGAGCACUUGUUGGCUGCUUUUCCUUCACUCUGCGGUCCGACUCAUCCCAAACCAUCUCAAUUGGGUUGAGGUCGGUUGAUUGUGGAGGCCAGGUCAUCUGAUGCAGCACUCCAUCACUCUCCUUCUUGGUCAAAUAGCCCUUACACAGCCUGGCGGUGUGUUGGGUCAUUGCCCUGUUGAAAAACAAAUGAUAGUCCCACUAAGCCCAAACCAGAUGGGAUGGCGUAUCGCUGCAGAAUGCUGUGGUAGCCAUGCUGGUUAAGUGUACCUUGAAUUCUAAAUAUAUCACAGACAGUGUCACCAGCAAAGCACCCCCACACCAUAACACCUUCUCCUCCAUGCUUCACGGUGGGAACUACACAUGGGGAGAUCAUCCGUUCACCCACACUGGGUCUCACAAAGACACAGCAGUUGGAACCAAAAAUCUCCAAUUUGGACUCCAGAACAAAGGACAAAUUUCCACCGGUCUAAUGUCCAUUGCUUGUGUUUCUUGGCCCAAGCAAGUCUCUUCUUAUUGGUGUCCUUUAGUAGUGGUUCGACCAUGAAGCAAUUCGACCAUGAAGGCCUGAUUCAAACAGUCUCCUCUGAACAGUUGAUGUUGAGAUGUGUCUCUGUGAAGCAUUUAUUUGGGCUGCAAUUUCUGAGGCUGGUAACUCUAAUGAACUUAUCCUCUGCAGCAGAGGUAACUCUGGGUCUUCCAUUCCUAUUUUGGACCGAUUUUAUUACGAUUCGACAUUCCAAACAUAUUGCUCGCCGUGUCUGCUGCAGAGAGACGAGGGAGCAUGAGAAAAUUAUUUUGAUCAGUCAUGGAAGAACAUGUUGGUUCCCUAUUUCAAAAGAAAAUGGAGAACAUGGAAAAAUUACUGGAGUUUUGGGCAGGGACAGCUGACUAAUGCUAAAAUAAUAUUGAGAUAUAUUGUCAAAAAUAAUAUCCCAAUAUGUAACUAUCCCUUUUUUUUUACCCCCAGGUCCACACUGCUGGAGCCCCAGGGCCUGAAGGCCUGGUACCGCCUUGGGCAGGCCUGCCUGGAAGCAGGGGAGCUGGAGGAGGCAGACAGGGCCUUCAGGAAACUACUGGAGCUUCAGAAUGACUCUCCCUCCGCCCUGAGAGGACUGAGAGAGGUGGGGAGGAGGGAGCGAGAGACUGAUAGCAGACUGGGACAGAGGCUCGGCAAGAUGUUCAGCUGA